CAACGUCAGUGAGCGUCAUCUAUUGGACGGCAGGAGCGCAAACAAGGACAAGGAAUCCUCGGCCGAACUGCCUUCCUACUUCAACUCAACUGCACCCAUUUCCUACGCAUUCUCCAUCCUCUCCUGACCUGCAAACAUCGCUUUGACCGCUAUACCACAACAAUGGCAUCCUCGUCGACAGCUCAGAUCCCUGGCGAAGCGCCUCCAGCCUACUCCAGAAACGACCCCACUCCUCACAAGACCCGCAAUGGAAUUCCCCCAGACCAUCGCCGCUCCAUGGAAGACGAAGCUCGUGAAGUACCCGAAGGCUGGAUCAGACAGUACGACCCUCAGAGCAGCCAUCAAUUCUACGUCGACACGCGCACCGAGCGCGCCAUCUGGCACCACCCUUACGAUGACGACGAGUACAUGGCUUCGCUGGCACCAGAACAACGCGCCCGCAUCAGAGGUCUGAGCCGUGUUCCUACAGAUGCAGACAUCGUCGCUGAGAGCUCCGACGACGAUCACGAUCCUAGGGGCCCUCCCCAACGUCAAGACUCCAACCCUAGUGGUAUGAAGAAGUUCGGCCGUAAAAUAAAGGACAAGGUCACUAGCAGCACCCACCCGGAGCGCGAGGCCCAGCGCAAGAAGCGUGCCCAGGAAGAGCAAGAAGCAUAUAAGCGUCAUCUUGCCCUUCGCCAGGCAAUGCAGAGGGCUGUCCAGACGGGCGAGCCUCAACUCAUUGGCAAGGAUCGCGAGGGCCGCGACUGCUACCUCACUCCCCCGCAAGGUGCUCAAGGCUCACGCUACUCUCAGCCCAACGUCCGCACCAUCAAUCCCUUCGGCCCUCCAAUGGGCGGCGGCAUGAUGGGCGGUGGCAUGUACGGUCGUCCGAUGGGUGGUUACGGAAUGUACGGCCGCCCAGCUUACGGAUACUCGCGCCCCUAUGGCUAUGGUUACGGAGGAGGUCUGGGUUUGCCCAUGAUGGGAGGUCUCGCCGGUGGCAUGCUGCUUGGUGGCUUGAUGUUCUAGUAGUUUUCACUCCUCUCAUGCACUUUCUGACGACGUAACGAACUAUAGCUCAAGAAUGAUACCCUAAUCACAUUCCAAUCUUUCUUCCUUACCAC